UGAUUUUUAUCCUGUACAAGUACAACACGUUAAACGACACCCUCCACUGAUACUGGUGAAGGCCGUUACCUGUUCUGUGUUUGUACAUUGAGCUAUAGCUCCAUGGUUUAUACGACGUAAUUGUGUAGAGGCCUAUGACAAGUAGCGGUAGUACCUCCAUGAUCACAUGGAUCUGCCGAGUGCGUAACGGAAGGUCUACCUCUGUUUAAUAGCUCCAUGCUGUACGAGUUGGACCUACAGAAUCGACAGCUGGUAUCAGUGUAAUCGAUACCAACGAUGAAACAGCGAAACACCGAGAAGAUUGAACUACUGAGCGCAGAGCUGCCGCCUGAUGCUGCCGGGAGACGCGCCGGGGACUCGGCUGCAGAUGACGGCCAGCAACUACCAGUUCAUCGCAAGCUGGGGGUUCCAAUAGUCGUGUUCAUGAUUAUAGGCAAGGUGGUAGGUGGGGGACUAAUCUGGUUCCCGAAAGCCUUAAGCGAGGCAGGUUGGUUUGGUUUUAUCGUCAUGCUGAUCGCAAUGGCCACUUCGACAUUCACGGGAGUGCUCCUGGCGCGAUCCUGGCUUGUCCUCAUGAACUGGUUUCCGGCCAAAUAUCGGGACGAGAUUAACAGAUUCCCGUACCCGUCCAUUGGCUACGAGACCUUUGGGGAUGUUGGAAGGCGGGUCACCGCCGUCUUGAUAGGCCUGUAUUCAUUCGGCUUCAGCGUGGCUCUGUACCUGGUGGCCGCCGAUAGCUUGUCGCUGUUCUUUCGCCUUCUGGACGUGCGAAUCUCGCUGUGUGUCUGGAUACCCGUCAUUAUUGCGGGGUCAGCGCCAUUGCUGUGGUUCGGCACCCCAAAGGAUAUGGUUGCUGUUGGCAUCGCCAUGGGAUCGACCACAGUACUGGGCACCCUAGCUCUCAUAACCGGUUCCAUUUUAGACAUCGGGGAGUAUCCCGACCCGGGCCCCGUCACACCCACCUUUGCCUCUGUGGCAGGGGCGAUGGGGCUGGUCAUGAGUGCCUUCGGGGGCCAAUUUGUGAUUCCUACGCUCCAGCACGACAUGAAAAGUCCCGCCGAUAUGCAGUUGUCGGCCGCUUUGGGCUAUCUCGGAAUCGGCACCACGUACGUGGCCAUCGGCUUGCCAACGUUUCUGAUCUACGGGAAUAUUUACGAAAUCCACGGGGCGGAUAACGUCCUUGCUCUGCUAACCACCAAACCAAUCCAGGUCAUCAUUAUCAUCAUGCUGUCAUCCCAUUUGAUUGCUGCCUGUGUCUUCAUGAACAACCCUACGUUUCAGGACUUGGAGAACUAUCUCAACAUCCCAUACGACAUCAGUUGGAAGCGGAUAUUGCUUAGGUCUGCCUACUCGGCACUGAUGCUAUUUGUGGCUGCGUCCGUGCCGAGUUUUCCAGUUUACCUGUCGGUCGUUGGUGGCGCCUUGGCAGCAACCGUCAACGGCAUUCUUCCCAGUGUUUUGUACCUUAAACUAUGCAGCUUGGAGCCCCCGGAUGGAGCCGAGCCCGAGGGUCCUUUGAGAUGGCACCAGACCCUUGUUAUUUGUAUCGUCAUUACGGUGUCUCUUUUUGCAGCGUUUACAUCGUCCAUCUCCGGUGUGUACAAUAUUCUACAGAACACCCACAAUGUAACGUUACCAUGCUACAUCUCACACUGAAUGUAACGCUCCUACGAAGGUCAUUUAGUCACGGUAUUAAUAUACAAAGUUGCCAAGGUACUAACAGAUUAUUUUUAAAAUAAAACAUCACCAUUUCUUAUAUUUACACCCCUCUUCAUAAUUGUAGGAAACAGUAAACGAGAAAUAUAAAGUGAAGUCUUCCGAUAAAACUGUCGCGCGUCUUUUGGGCGUAUUAUUGUUGCCUUUUUAACUUAUUGUUUCGUUAAUGUUAUAAAAUUUGAGUCUAACAUAAUGGCAUUUGUUUAAUUUGUUUUAUUGUUCAUUAUUCGUAAGUCGCAGAAUUUGACAAUCAUUGCAUUGUUGCUCCAAAAAAGUACUGUAAAAUUAAAAUGGCAGAAGUUUCA